UCGAUAAAUUUGGUGGAUUUUUUCUUUAUACUUCAUAUAACGGCUCUGUUUUUGUAGAGGCGUAAAUAAACUACAGAACAAUUUGGCGCAAGUACCUAACGUCAUUUCAAUAACCUAUAUAAGGAAAAUGAUUACUAAAGUUUUUGGAAUCUCUGCAACUCUGGGAGUGCGAAAUUUGGCUAUACGUAAUUUGGCAAGGACAUCUAGUAACUUAUGCCGCCUUAAUAUAACACAACGAGAAGUUUUUCAAUGUUCUAUCAAAAGUUGCUUGAUAUCCAAAAAUUUUCAGAUCAUAAAGUUUAGCACAGAAAACUCACACCGAAAACCAAUACCGUCCGUACAAUAUAAUGAUAUCAAGGAGUUACCGAAUCAUCCUGAAAAGUUAUUAAUUGAUGUUCGAGAGCGACAAGAAUUAGAAGAAACAGGGAAAAUUCCAACAAGUAUAAAUAUUCCGUUAGACUCUGUAGUACGGGUAUUGGCAGAGGACGUUAGACCUCAAAUGUUCCUGUCCAAGUAUGGUCGCCGAAAGCCUAAUUUUGAUGAUGAAAUAAUUUUUACAUGUAGGCUUGGAAAACGUGCCUUAAAAGCUGCAGAAAUAGCAAAUGCGAUGGGAUUUACAAAUGUAAAAUUUUAUGAAGGAUCAUGGGAAGAUUGGGCGAAUAAUGAAAAAAAAAGUAAUAAUUGAAGCAAGAUUGUUUUGACGAAUUGUAAAAAUAGAAUUGACUACUCUUGUUUGAUACAAAGUCUUGUCUAAAUUAUACGAUAUUAUGCGUUAAAUAAUCCAACCAAAUAAUGUACAUAUAUUUAUUAACCGCUCUCUUUCGUUACAUAACAUAUGAAAAGUUUGACUAUGGAUGUAAAAGAAGAAUCUAAACUGAUGAAUACAGUUUAUUUUAAAAGUUUCUUUCUCUAAAUUUGCAGCAAAUGGAGUGCAAGCUUAUAACAUGCGUGAAUAUAAGAAUUUUGCAUUUACAUGAACAAUCUUUGCAUUUACUUCUAACGAAGAAAGUUUUAAAACUAAUGUUAACUAUGCACAUUUCUGUAAUGAAAUAAAUAGCACUGCUUUGCUUUCAAAUAAGAAAAAAUUUGCAUUUAAAUUCUUCAAAUAAUUUAUUUCUAAGGCUAAUUCAUAUUUGCCCUUGCUUUGUCAAUCAACUUCUAAUUUUCUGUUGAUUGUUCUUGUACAACAAUAUAUGUAUAUUUCUUAAGAAAAUAAUAAGUGCGAAACAGAUUUAAAUUUGUGUACAUAGAAAUAGCAUUUAGCGCUAACUUAUAAAAAACUACUGUAUGUAUGUACAAUAUGUACAUAAGCCUGAUAUUGUAGAAAAAUAAGUACAGAUUUGAGGUAAACAACUUAUUAGCAUUGACAGAAUCGCACAAAACAUGUAUUUGUGUCUUAUUAGUUUUAUUUUAUUUUGUUCCAACGAUGUUAAUGAUAUGCAAAAACAAUUAAAAAUGGGUAAAGGCAAAACGGCUAUCACUAUUUUCCGUUCUCUGCUAUCUUAAAUAUAGUUAGAUAUGGCAUCACUAAA